GCUGCGCGCCAUCCGUAAGUGGACUUGCCUUCGUCCUGUUUGUUCUAAUUGCAUGAUUGAGACACCGUCACGGUCGCAAUCGCUAGCAUGUCUGCCUUUACACCUGCUACCGCCUUUCAGAAUGUACAUCCCAACACCUCCACACAAGUUUCCGGCGAAGAGCGCAGCUCUGCAAUUGAUUUCGUCAACCGCCUCAACUACUUGUUCGAAGAGUUUGACACUGCAAAGAUGCUUAGUUGCUUCCUCCCCGACGCCGUCACUCAUCACUUCCACGGCACGAUCCACGGACAUGCAGAGUUGGAGAUUUUCUUCAGAGACGAAUAUCCUCCCGCUGUUCCUGGAGUCAGUCGGCAUGCAACCAACCACAUAGUUGAUCGGGAUGAGGAAACAGGCGGCGUCAUAGUACGGUACCAUAAUCAACUGGUGCGCUACGCAUGGCCAGAUGAUGCAAACAACAUCGCCUCCAGCACAUCGACCGUCACAGAAGGCAAGGACGGACUACCAGGCCUUUGGGUAUGGUCACCUAUGAUUGAUCGACUGAAACAAACGGAGGAUGGCUGGAAGAUUUACGGAAGAGUGAUUGGAGGGUCGAUAAUCAAUAAGAAGUUAAGUCUUGAAACCAAGUAGGACAACAGAGAAAUUAGCUCCAAAUUAUAGGAUUUGGUCUUCAGAUGUUGGUUUUAGUCCCAUGACCGUCAUAGUUAUCCGAAUCUUGGUGCUUCGGCAAAUGCUCCCCUGCUACCACCUGCCGCCUCUGCACGUUCGUGAAACUGUGUCUUGCCCUUCCUAUAACACAGAAACGCACCCUCGGAGACUUUCAGGGAACAAGGUUGUGGCCAAACUUAGCCCUUCUGCAAGUGUAGUCAACUGUUUCCGUAUUGUCUAAUGUUGAGACCCAGAUACUACGUUUCCACGGCUCUGUCUUCAUAUAAUCCUCAUUUCAUCCUGCGUCAUCAAGUCUCGGGCCACUUGUGAAACAGACAGACAGUAUAUCUUGUCUACUGUGCCAUAGCUGGGUGGUAGUGGCGGAGUUGAGCGUCCACGCCAAUCCUCUUAGCAACUUAGAUG